AUGUCAAGAUUUAACCGUUUCAAUGAUCGUCCAGAAUCGCAUGCACUUUUGAAAUCCGGUUUUAAAGCUAUUACAAAGGAACUUGAAGUGACUGCUAUUGAGGAAAGUGAACUUUUAAUUAAGUGGCUUGGACCCGAUUCAUCAAAGUUUGGACAAAGCAUCCGGACAUCAAACUUAAAUGAUCCGUCGAUAGGAUUACGAAAGAUAUGGCAAAGGCUAGAAGAACGUUUUGGUAGCCCGGAAAUGAUAGAAACGUCACUGAAGACAAAGAUCAAUGAAUUUCCUAAAGUAACAUUUAGAGAAGUGAAACGAUUAUAUGAUUUACAAGAUGUUCUUUCGGAAAUAUUGUCAAUUAAAGAGAAUCCUGUAUAUGAGAAGCUUCUAAGUUACUUCGACUCUUCAGUAGGAAUCAACCCGAUAAUGAGUAAAUUGCCACAGUCGCUACAAUAUAAGUGGAGGGAUAAAGCAACAAACUACAAGAAGUCAAAGAAUGUUCCGUAUCCGCCAUUUUCGUUUUUUGUUGAAUUCAUAUCCGAUCAGGCUAGUAAGUACAAUGACCCAGGAUUCAAAUUUGAAAGUGAUCAGAACAACAAUUCACCACAAUCACGGGAUAACGAAUUCGGACGUUCAUCUCAGAGACCACGCUUCGGCACGAGAAACAUAAAUGUUAGUAAGACAGAAAUUGCUACUUCCACAGAGGGUAUUAAACCAAUUAAGCUUAAAUGUGCUAUUCAUAAGACUAAUCAUUCGUUAAAUGAUUGCAGGUCGUUUUUAUCCAAGUCUAUAGAGGACCGCCGUAAGAUAAUCAAGGAAAACGGUAUAUGCUUCAAGUGCAUCAACUCGAAAGAUCACCUCAGUCGCAAUUGUCCUGAAACUGUACAAUGUAAGGAGUGUGACAGCUCUACUCAUAGUUCAGGAAUGCAUAUUUACGGACAACUGAAAAUGCAACCUUUGGAACCCCAUGGCGGGGAGCAAUCUGAAGACGCAAGUAAAGUUGUUAAGGCGUAUUGCAUGGACAUAUGUAAUGGUAAAUUUUCUGGAAAGUCAUGUGCAAAGAUACUUCCGGUAUUUGUUUCGCAUGAAGAUGAUCCAUCCAAACGCAUCAAGACUUACAUUAUAUUAGACGAACAAAGCAAUAGGUCUUUGGGUAGAAAAGAACUGUUUGAUUCAUUUGACAUUGUAUGUAAACCAGAGGAGUAUACAUUAAUGAGUUGCUCGGGUCGGACAAGAAUGAAUGGUCGACGUGUGUCAGGAUUGUUACUCGAAUCUUUAGAUGGGUCAACAAAAAUGCAAUUGCCAACAGUCAUAGAAUGUAAGGAGAUACCAAAUAAUCGCGAUGAGAUUCCGACUCCAGACGUAGCUAAUUAUCACGAUCAUAUUCGUAGCAUUUCACAUGAACUUGAACCUUUAGACGAAAAUGCAGAUAUUCUUUUAUUGAUAGGACGAGACCUUCUAGAAGCUCAUCAUAUAAUUGAACAACGAAUCGGACCAGCUCAUUCUCCAUAUGCACAAAGAUUAGCUUUGGGUUGGGUUAUAAUCGGAGAUGUUUGUAUUGGAAAUAGACAUGUUACAGACUCUGUCAAGUCUUACAAGACAUACAUUCAAGCAGGUGGACGCCCGUCACUCUUAAAACCGUGUCCAAAUGUAAUCAGUGUACGGGAACUGCUGAAAACUCAAAACAAACUUGAUAAUAUUGACUUUGACCUUGAAACAAAAUUGGGAGACGGUGUAUUUGAUCGCACUGAGUUCGAUGAUAAACCUGGAAAGUCUAUAGAAGACAAAAUAUUUCUUGAUAUAAUGGAGAAGGAGUUCCACAAGAAUGAACAUGGAAAUUGGUGCGCACCUUUACCCUUUAAACCUAAUAGGGAACGAUUACCAAACAAUUUUCCUAUGGCUUUACGUCGUGCUAAAACACUUGAUAGAAGUCUUCAGUCUAAUAAAGAAAAACGUGAACACUUUUUAGAAUUUAUGCACAAUCUUAUACAAAACAAUCAUGCAGAAAUAGCACCAAAACUUGAUGAAGGAGCAGAAUCGUGGUACCUACCUGUCUUUGGUAUCUAUCAUCCAAAGAAACCUGGAAAGAUCCGUUGUGUUUUUGAUUCCUCUGCCAAAUUUGGAGAUGUGUCACUCAACAAGGUAUUACUACAAGGACCGGAUCUAAAUAAUUCUCUUCUGAGCGUCCUCAUGCGCUUCAGAAAGAAUCGUGUUGCUGCCUCAGCUGACGUUCAGCAGAUGUUCUAUUCGUUUUCUGUUGAUGAGAAGCAUAGAGACUUUCUUCGUUUCCUAUGGCACGAAUACAAUAACCUUGAUAAACAACUAGUAGACUUUAGAAUGACCGUACACGUAUUCGGGAAUAGCCCCUCGCCAGCGGUUGCAACAUAUGGACUACGAAAGUGCUCAAAUUUGGCUGAACCAGAUGUCAGAGAUUUUAUUCAGAGACACUUUUAUGUUGACGAUGGCCUCAUAUCAUUAGAUAGCAGUCAGGACAUGAUAGAUCUGCUAACACGAACUCAGAAAACCUUAUUGAAGGACGGAAAUAUACGCCUUCAUAAGUUCGCAUCAAAUAGUGAUGAAGUAAUGUCCGCUCUUCCACAUGAAGAUCUUGCUCAAGACUUGAAGAGUAUAGACUUUGAUGCAGAUAGUGUUCCACUACAGAGGAGUUUAGGGUUGUAUUGGGACCUAGCUACAGACUGUUUUACCUAUCGAAUAUCUGAAGAAAGCAAACCAUUUACACGCCGUGGUGUAUUAUCUACACUUAACAGUCUAUUUGACCCGCUAGGCUUAGUUGCUCCAGUCAUAGUUGAAGGUAAAAUUAUACUGCGUGAGCUUAUGGCGCAAUCUGUUGAUUGGGACGAACCCCUGCCGGAAAACAGCAAAUUGAAAUGGGAAACUUGGAGAAAGUCGCUUAGUGCACUUCAGAACAUUACAAUUCCACGCAUGUAUUUUUACACCGACAGCAAGGUGGUCCUGGGAUAUAUUUAUAACCAGACACGUCGCUUUUAUGUUUAUGUGGAACAUAGAAUCGAACGCAUACGUAAGUCAACGGUCCCAGAACAAUGGAAUUACGUUCCAACAUCAGUCAAUCCUGCAGAUCAAGCUACAAGGUCAGUUUCGUCAGAAGAUAUUGCUUCUAGUUGUUGGCUGCAAGGACCAACUAAGUUUCUAGGUGGAGAACUACAAGCUUCUGCAUCUACUGAAACUCUAACGACACUAGUCAAUCCAGAUUUAGAUAAAGAAGUUCGACCUAUUGUGACAGUUACAAAGACUACAAUUGAAGACAGCCAUUCUAUUGGAUCUGAACGAUUUCAAAACUUUUCAUCAUGGAAGUCACUAGUAAAUGGAAUAGCCGUUUUACAACGAUUCAUUCAGUCGAGAUUCAAAAAGGUUACCUUACAAGAUAUCGAUGUAGUUAAGUCCCUCAAUGAGUCAGAAAUAUUUAUAAUUAAGACAAUUCAAAGUGAAGCUUACAGUUCAGAAAUAGACUGCAUAGUAAAUGGACAAAAUCUUAGGAAAAACAGUAGUAUUAUAUCUUUAGAUCCAUUUCUGGAUAGUGAAGGCAUUUUGCGUGUUGGUGGAAGACUCAAUAAAUCAAAUCUGCCAUACCAAGAAAGAAAUCCACUCAUUCUUCCAGGAAAAUGUCAUGUGUCAAAAUUACUAGUGCAACAUUUUCAUGCCCAAGUCAAGCACCAAGGACGACAUUUUACAGAAGGUGCCAUUCGUGCAGAGGGUUACUGGAUUACAGGCUCGAAACGUCUCGUAUCAUCUGUUAUACACCAUUGCGUCCCGUGUCGUAAACUCAGAGGUUGUUUGGAGGUUCAAAAGAUGGCUGACCUCACUACAGACAGAAUUGAACCCACUCCGCCAUUUACUAAUGUGGGGGUCGAUGCAUUUGGUCCUUGGUCUGUUAUUCAUCGCAGGACUCGUGGUGGCUGUUCAAAUUCUAAGAGGUGGGCUAUACUUUUUACAUGUCUUACGACACGUGCAAUACAUAUAGAAAUAGUUGAAGAGAUGUCUUCGAGUGCUUUCAUCAAUGCCUUACGCAGAUUCAUUGCAAUCAGAGGAAAAGUGAGUGUUUUUAGAUCAGAUCGCGGUACCAAUUUUAUAGGUGCAGUGGAUCCUUUACACAUCGAGGCAAUUAACGUUGAAGAUGACAAAGUUAAAACAUUUAUGCAUGAAACGAGGACGAUUUGGAUUUUCAACCCUCCCCACUCCUCGCACAUGGGAGGAGCGUGGGAACGAUUAAUAGGCGUAACAAGAAGGAUUUUGGACUCAAUUCUUACAGAUUCAAACACAAAAUUUCUCACUCAUGAUGUUUUAGUUACCUUCAUUGCUGAAGUAGCGAGUAUAGUGAAUCAUAGACCGAUAGUUCCGGUUUCUUCUGACACUGAUAAUCCGUUUAUACUUUCACCGGCAGUGCUUCUUACUCAAAAGACAAAAUCUACAAUCGAAACCGAUUACAUUGGAGAAUUUGACACAAAGGAUCUUCUUCGUGCCGAAUGGAAGCGUGUUAUGGUUCUUUCUGACAUGUUUUGGUCAAGGUGGCGCAAAGAGUAUCUCAACAAUCUUCAGUCAAGGAGAAAAUGGCAUAAGGAUGUUCCAAACAUAAAGGAAGGAGAUGUCGUUUUAUUGAGAGACAAAACUCUAAUUCGUAAUGAAUGGCCUCUUGGACUAGUAAUUCGUGCAUUCGCGAGUGAUGAUGGCAAAGUGAGAAAAACAGAACUACGUGUGAUUAGAGAUGGUAAACCAACCGUUUAUGUGCGACCAAUUACAGAACUUGUUCUUCUUGUCUCUGAUCGAGAACAAUGUGUUUAA